AUGGGAAGCAUUCAUCAACCUCACUCAGACACCUACCCAGAUCCAAAUGGCUUCUACGGCCAAUUCGGUGGUAACUUCUACCCACCCGAAGCUCACCAAGCACUCGAAGAACUGGCCACUAAGUACCAAGAACUCCGCCACUCACCCUCGUUCAACCAAACGCUCAACAAAGUCCGCAUCGGUCUGCAAGGCCGCCCAACGCCAAUCCACCAUCUCGAGAACAUCUCCCGAGAAGUCGGCGGUGCUCAAAUUUUCGUCAAGCGCGAAGACCUGAACCACACAGGCGCGCACAAGAUCAACCACUGCGUUGGUUUCGCACUUCUCGCCAAAGCAAUGGGAAAGACUAAGCUCAUCGCUGAGACGGGGGCAGGUCAACACGGUGUUGCACUCGCGACUGCGGCGGCGUAUUUUGGUCUUGAGUGUGAGGUUCAUAUGGGCGGUGUUGAUACCGAAAAGCAAAAGUCUAAUGUUGGUCGAAUGCAAAUCCUUGGAGCAAGAGUUGUUGCUGCUACAGCGGGACAGUCUGCGUUGAAAGAAGCAAGUGACUCGGCUUUCAAUGCGUAUGUUGAACAGCGAGAGCAUGCGCUAUAUGCAAUUGGUUCGGCGAUUGGGCCUCAUCCAUUCCCAUUGAUUGUGAGAGACUUCCAGUCCGUGAUCGGCAAAGAAGCUCGGGAGCAAUUCCUCGCCAUGAGUGAUGGUACUCUGCCUGAGCAUGUUGUCGCAUGUGUCGCUGGUGGAUCCAAUGCGAUGGGAAUGUACUCUGCUUUCAUUGAUGAUACAGAAGUGAAGUUGCAUGCGGUGGAACCAUUGGGACGAUCCGAAAAACUUGGCGAGCAUGCAGCGACAUUAUCAUACGGUAGACCAGGUACAUUGCAUGGCGCAAAGACGCUGGUUCUCCAACAAGAUGAAGGCAAGCCUGCUCCCGUUUCAUCCGUAGCCUCCGGGCUAGUCUAUCCUGGUAUUGGACCUGAGAUGGCAAUGCUUCACGACGCUGGGCGUAUAUCAGUCACAACAGUUGGCAACGACGAGGUCAUCAGCACAUUCUUCCGCAUGGCAAAGAGUGAGGGUAUCAUCAUUGCUCUAGAGAGCGCACAUGCAAUCGCAUUUGCUAUUCGUUUGGCAGCGCAACGACCUUCAUCAGAGCGGAUUCUGGUCAAUCUAUCGGGGCGAGGAGAUAAAGAUGUAGAUUAUGUUCUCGAGCAUCAUUGA